CUGCUUAUAUGAGCAAUCAGCAGUCCUGAGAAUGCUCAUUCAAUCUCCACCCCGCGACGUAGAUUAAGCAGACCACUGUGCACUUUUUCUCACACAGAGUUCAGACAUGCCGUCAGUGGGCCUUGAGAUACUUGGAGUAACUCUGGCUGUACUGGGAUGGAUCUUGGCCAUUGUCUCCUGCGCUUUGCCCAUGUGGAGAGUGUCGGCCUUCAUCGGGGUCAACAUCAUCACGGCGCAGACCACCUGGGAAGGCAUCUGGAUGAACUGCGUGGUGCAGAGCACGGGCCAGAUGCAGUGUAAAAUCCACGACUCCAUCUUGGCUCUGAGCUCGGAUCUCCAGGCUGCCCGCGCCCUCACCAUCAUCUCCAUCUUGGUGGGCAUUUUAGGGGUCCUGGUGGCGACGAUGGGGGCCAAAUGCACCAACUGCGUGGACGACGAGCCGGCCAAGGCUCGCGUGAUGAUCGCCGCCGGGGUGGCCUUUAUUCUGGCAUCCUUGACCCAGCUGAUUCCCGUGUCGUGGUCUGCCCAUAGCAUCAUCAUGGAGUUCUACAGUCCGCUCAUACCUCAGGCCCAGAAGAGGGAGAUAGGUGCGGCCCUGUACCUGGGCUGGGCUGCAGCAGCACUUCUGCUCAUUGGAGGGGGCAUCCUCUGCUCCAGUUGCCCGCCGCAACCAGUGAAAAGAUACGGGCCCCCAUCAAAGAUGAUGUACCCCCAACAAACUAGGUCGCUCGCCCCGAGCGGCUACGACAGGAGAGACUAUGUCUGAGCUGCCACCUGCUCCUUUCUCACACCCCAAGGGGGGAGGAGGGGGGAGAGUACUGCUCGGAGAGACCCGGAGCGGACAGUCAUUGUUUUUACAACACGUCUUUCUUGUUUAUUGUAUGCCCUUUAGAACAGAGGGCAGAAUUCACUUGUUUUUUCUGUACUGAAUAUUUUGUGUGUGACCUUGGGGCUGCUGGGAGCACCGAUGCUGAACAACUUAUCCAUGAUGACAUUGAUUAUUUUAUCUGUAAACCAAUUCAUGUGAAAUGUUUUUGUAUAAAAUGUUACUUUUUCAUUAAAAAGGCCUUUUAAAAAAUGG